CCAUCUGUCAGUUUCAUCAGCUGUUGUUCGUGUCCGUGUUGUGGUUUCGUGUUUUGGAAACAAAGGAAUUGUUGAAAAUGGGCAAAAUUUUCCUUGAUCAUAUUGGUGGAACUCGUUUGUUUUCCUGUGCAUCGUGUGAUGUUAAUCUAACCAAUCGUUCUGAACUAAUUAGCACACGAUUUACGGGAGCUACAGGUCGUGCUUUCUUAUUCCACAAAGUAGUGAACCUGAUCUACUCCGAGGUACAGGACCGAGUGAUGCUGACUGGUCGGCAUAUGGUCCGCGAUGUGUCCUGUAAAAAUUGCGCUACUAAGCUCGGCUGGGUCUAUGAGUUUGCUACUGAAGAAAAUCAAAGAUACAAAGAAGGAAGAGUCAUCUUGGAGAGAGCACUUGUGACGGAAACCGAUGGCAUUGAAGAGAUCCAGGUCAAUAACGAUGAUUAAUAUUUAUUAGCGAUAGUUUUCACUAAUUAUUAUAUUUAAUAGUAGUUGUUAUGUUAAUUUUAAUCAAUGUGUGAGUGUUAGAUACUAGUACUAUAUCCCAGAAGUUACCUACAACUGUUAGUGAUCUGAGAAUUUCUGUUUUGUAUCGUUUCAUAGGACCCAUCCAAAGUCUAACUCAACUUAUUUCUGUUUAAAGAUGUAAUAAUAACAAAUAGUAUUUACUUAGAACUACUGGGAUAUUAUCUUUUAUUAAUCAAUCUUUUUAUUGUUGAUAACUUAAACUUUUAUGAACCUACUUAUUAAAAAUUAUUUUGUAACUUUAGUACUAGAUCCUUAUUUACAAAGAUACUAUAAUGUCAAGCUGUGGUGGGCUUUUGUCAAAGCUUGAUUUGUAUUACUGUGAUAACUUGGUCAUUUAUUGUAAAGCAAUAUUUU